GUCAAAUAUAUAAACAAACUGCUCUGGCGAUUUGUUCUGUUUAGAUUUUUUCACAAAAAACGAAUUCAAUCUUUUGUUUUUUUUUUAUAAUGACUACGCUGAUGUCCGGUGGAUGUCGAUUAUGUUUGGAUUCAAAUGGUGACAAAUUUACCUCGAUUGAAAAUCCACAGCUGAUAAAGCAAAUGGAUAGAGUCUUUAGCUUUUCGGUCAUACCAAUUGAUGGUGUGAGCAAAGAUGUUUGUCAGCAUUGCUCGUAUAUCAUCACGGAGUUCUACCAAUAUUCGGAACAGGUACGCCUCAAUCAGGAGGCUUUUCUAAGAGCGCCACACCAUCAAACUUCAUUGUUGGACUCCGAAAUCGUUUGCGAAGACAUCAAAGUCGAAUUGCACAGCGAUGAAGAAUUUACAGAAACUUCAGCAAGGCGUGAUUGUUUGUUUCAAGAUAUCAAACUCGAACAGAACAGUGAUGAAGCCUUACCAGACGAACAGCAGCAAAACCAUUCGAAUGCUGAUAAUGAAAAUUCGCAAGCAGAAUCUCUAUAUUCCAGCAAGCUACCAAAACGUAAAACAGCUAAAAUCUCUCCAAGCUUGAGUGAGAAGCUUAGCGGCGACGAUAGAUUUCUCAAAGAACACUUCAGCCUAUCAUGUGAACUCUGUGGUGCGACUUCUUUGACUUUUGCGAAACUGCGAAGCCACUUCCGAUUAAAACAUGACAUCAACACUGCAUACGUUGUGUGUUGCGACAGGAAAUUCAUCAAACGAAAUGACAUUGUAGAGCAUGUUAAAUGGCAUCUGGAUCCUAAUGUCUUUCAAUGCGAAUAUUGUCAGAUACGUUAUAAAAGCGGAAAAUCGUUAUAUAGUCACCAGCAAGUCAAACAUAUGACCCAUGGUCACUCGGAAUCACAAUCCAAACCAUUGCCAAUAAAUGAUGAAAAGGUUGAAACUUUGAGAAAUGGCAACAAAGAAUCUACUGCUGAAUUUACAAACGAGCAGCUCAAGUUUUUGCAAACCAAGCGUCAACAGGAGGAUCAAUUUCUCAGCGAUAAUUUUACUUUUACAUGCCAUCUAUGCAAUGCGACGAAACCGACAUUCUCGAUACUGCGGAAUCAUAUUCGUGCCGUACACAAAACCUAUCACAUAUAUGUGACAUGCUGCAAUGAAAAGUUUCGCAAACGCAGCGACCUGAUAAGCCAUAUCAAAGGCCAUACCAAUGUUGAGCAAACAGAGAGAACCAACCAAGAGAAACAAUCCGAGACGUUCGAAUGCACCGAUUGUAGAAAAGUUUUCUCGAAUCGGUUGACACUGAAAAGGCACAUUGUUUAUGUACACGCCAGUCGCUAUUAUUGCGUUCAUUGCAACAAGCAGUUUUCAAACAAAAGCAACAUGCAGCGGCAUGUUAACAGAACGCACAAAAAGUUUGAUAUGAUUGCUAAAUAAAAUAUUACUUUAAAGUCAUGUUUUUAUUUGGUAUGAUGUAUGAAAUAACGCAUACAUUGACAUCAUUCUUUUUAAUUCAGAAUCGAAAUUAUCCCUAUUUUCAAUCGAAAGAAAUAAUGCUGACGUCGCAAAAAACAUUCACAUUCUUUGAUCAAUCCAGAAUGGGGAAGAUGCACAUAUGCGCAAUAAAAUCAUGAAACAAUUAACAA